UUCAUUAGUCGUCCCAAUUCAGUUUCAUACCAAUUGACCAUUUACGGUCAAUUUCCAUCAUCUAUGGUCUUAUAUUAACCAAACCUGAUAAUUCUCCUUGUUCUAGAUCUAGAAAGCCGUAAGUCUCCUCCUAUCCUAUCCGACUGUGCACCACGUAAGCAGUAACUAUUAGAAGCACUUUCGUACAUAGCUCGUACAUAGUACAGUCUUCGACAUAAGCUAUAUAAUCGACGAUGUCACACGUUCCAUUAAAACUAAAAAGUAACAGAUAUUACAGAAAAGACCUCCAUCGUCAUUAUUAUUAUCCUCAUCAUACUGCUACGAGGAACUCGCCUUCCUCUGCUACGAGGAAGAGCUACAUCGGCCGUUGGUCGCGGGAAAAGGGAGGAAAGUGCCCGUAUAAGAAAAAGGUGCCAGUCGGCGCGAACAUACGGAGUUGCAAAGCGCCUGGCGGAUCAGUAAGCGUCGCGACGUCCGCGGCGCAGGCAGGUUGCACCACCGUCUUGUCUUCUCGCUUGCUCGCCGUGAUAGUACUUAUUCGCCGGUGCGUCGGGGAAGACGCCGUGACACCCUGGUGGUGGUACCGCGUGUACGCUCGCGGCACGCGAGUGCAUUCUCUCAUCAGCAGACUCUCUGGUGGAUUAUGGGGUUAAGCGGCGGAUA